CACCACCACCUCCUCCUCAGCGCCUUCUCGCCACCGCCAUGACGACCGGGUCCCCCUCGCAGGUGCGCCAGAACUACCACCAGGACUCGGAGGCGCCAUCAACCUCCAGAUCCUACAUCUACCUGUCGAUGUCUUACUAUUUCCACCGCGACGACGUGGCUCUGAAGAACUUCGCCAAAUAUUUUCUUCACCACUCCCAUGAGGAGAGGGAACAUGCUGAGAGACUGAUGAAGCUGCAGAACCAGAGAGGUGGCCGGAUUUUCCUGCAGGAUAUCAAGAAACCAGAGCGCAAUGACUGGGAGAAGGGGUUGAAUGAUGAGUGUGCUUUGCAGUUGGAGAAAAGCGUCAAUCACUCACUACUGGACCUCCACAAACUGGCCAUGGACAAAAAUGACCCACACUUAUGUGAUUCCUUGGAGACUCACUACCUGGACGAGCAGGUGAAGUCCAUCAAAGAAUUGGGUGACUAUGGAACCAACUUGCGCAAGAUAGGGACCCCUGAGUCGGGCAUGGCAGAGUAUCUGUUUGACAAGCACAUGCUGGGGCACAGCGAGAGCUAAGCCUUGCACUAGCUUCCUGGAGCCACAGUUGACCUGGUUCCCUAAGGCACCGCUUGCAUGUUGGGGUGACCUUUACCUUUUAUAGAAAAUCCAAAACAA